AUGGCGCGACCCUCAUCGUCAAAGGCCAGGACACUGGGGGUGGCCAUGAUAGCAGCCGACAACGGAUCGGGCGGCUCAGGCGGCUCGGGCGGCUCGGGCGGCUCGGGCGGCUCGGGCGGCUCGGGUGUCUUGGGCGGCUUGGGCGGCUCGGGCGGCUCGGGCGGCUCGCGCGGCUCGGGUGACUCGGGGGCACACGGGCGGCGCGGGCGGCUGCACGUGCGGCUCACGGGCGGCUGGGGCGGCUCACGGGCGGCACGGUGGGCGGCUGCACGGGCGGCUGCACGGGCGGCUGCACGGGCGGUUGCACAGGCGGGUGCACGGGCGGCGCACGGGCGGCUGCACGCGUGGCGCGGCAGGCUGCAGCAGGGCCUAAGCGGGGCCGUAGCGGGGCCGUAG